AGAAGGAGAAGAAGGAGAAGACAAUGCAAAUGGAGAUAAAUCUGCCUUCUGAAUUGAUCAUUGAAAUCCUUCUGAGGUUGCCUGUGAAGUCUCUUACACGUUUCAAGUCCGUUUGUAAAUCAUGGUUUUCUAUCAUCUCUCAUUCCAAUUUUGCAAAUUCACAUUUUCAAAUUACCGCUUCAACACACAUUCUUACCAUAUCAGCAACUUCACCUGUUAAAUUUCAAUCUAUAGACUUUGAGAUUAACCAUCAUUCUGUUUUGCUGAACCAUAAUUUUUUGCUUCCUCGACCUUAUUCUUAUUUUCAAAUUAAGGGUUCAUGCAGAGGGUUUAUAUGUUUGUACUGUUAUAUAGAUAUUUGGAUAUGGAAUCCAUCUAAUGGAAUUCACAAACAAAUACCUUUGUCUCCUUUUGGUUCUGAAUUACUUGAAUAUCAUUUACGACAUCUAUAUGGUUUUGGUUAUGACCCUUCAAGAGAUGAUUACAUGGUGGUUUUACUGUCUUAUGAUCCAAGAGCUAAUUUUUCGUCACAUUUGGAGUUUUUCUCAUUAAGAGAUAAUAUGUGGAAUGAAAUUGAGGAUGCUCACUUCGCUUAUUUGACCGACUUUGGUAAUCCCAGAGCAGGGUCAUUCUUUAACGGGGCUAUUCAUUGGGUGGCUGAACGUUAUGGUUCAUCGGUGAAUGUUAUUGUUGUCUUUGACUUGAUGGAAAGAAAACUGUUCGAGAUGCCUCUUCCGGAUGGUUUUGACCAUGAUCUUGAAGAUUUUGGUGUGUGGAUAUUUGGAGAAUUUCUCAGUCUAUGGGUUGUGGAUUAUGAUAAUCAUUUAGUUGAAAUAUGGGUGAUGAAAGAAUACAAAUUGCAUUCGUCUUGGACUAAGACUCUUGUAAUUCGUGCUAAACGUGGCAUUCCUUUUUAUCCUUUUUAUAAACCUGUGUGUCGUACAAAAAGUGGUGAUAUUAUUGGAAAAGAUCAUGAUAGAUUGGUGAAGUAUAAUGAUAAAGGACAACGGUUAGAGUAUCUCUACAUAGAUCGGUAUGCAAACGAAUUGGCCAUGUAUACAGAGUCUCUCUUUUCACUUCCCGGUGAACUUGGAGCAAGUUCAAGAAGAUGACACAAACAAGAAGAAUGAGGUAUCCGAGAGAAAUACCGGUUACAUUUCGAUGCUAUUGAAGGCGAAUGAAUGCUGUUCAUCAUAAAUGAUGAACUUGUGCAGCUUGGCAUCUACUCACUCCUGUGCUAAAAGAAUUUGAAAACAAGAUUGCCAGAGUUGUAUCCUUAUGGUAGCAGAGGACAGGUUGUAGCACACUACCUUGCUGCAAGGCACAAUGUAAGACGAAGAGAUCUUAGUAGUGAAUAGCGAUGACUGAUAAUGCAGAGCCCUCUUAUGAUUAUAUAAUUUAUAAGCACAUACAUUAUAAAUUUCUUUUAGUAUUAUAGGAUAUAAUUGCGCUUUUCUCACUACUGGUUCAAAGAACAUUUUAUCUAAAA